UUCUUUUUUUUUUUGGGGGGUUUUGUUGUUGUUAGAAAGCUUUGAAAUUGUCUCCGUUCCGUUUUCUUUCCUUUCUAAUUUUCCGACAGCUUCGAGGAUUAUAGAGGGAGAUAAAAGGGAAAAAGAAAAGGUUCGAACGGAAAAAAAACUGAAAAAGGAGUUGAUUUUUUUUCAAAUUUUCCCCCUAAAUUUUCGUUUCUUUUUCCCGGAAAAGUAAAUAUAUAAUCUUUUUUUCUGGAAAGUGUUGUGGAUUUUUUUUUCUUUCGAGCUCUUUAUCUUCACCUUUCACCACUACUUAUCAAUCCAUCCGGUGAAGACCUUCCGCCUUACUAGGGAAGCGGCGGCGGUCUUGCCCGCGUGGUGACUUGUUUCGCGAGCGAAAGCCAUUGGCGAAGAAUCUUCGGCUGACAAUUGCAUGUCUUCCGCAUCCUACUUCAUACGUAUUCUUCCAUUAAGACGCAGUAAAUAAGUAAGCGGUAUAAGCCAAAGCUCAAGCUUACACCGGCAAUGGAAGAGCAUUAGCGUAAAGGAAAGACAAGCUGCCUCUUUAUUUACGAUUUGUUGAAGAUAGGGAUUAAAUUGGAAAUUUAGAGGAAUGGAUGUGGAUUCGUCGAUGGUGUCAGAGACCGAUCACGAUCAGAAUCACCACGGAGCUAUGCAAUCCCCGGCACCAAUGGAGAGGGAACAACAGCAACAACCACAACAACAAAACCAACAAGUAGAGAACCAGGCUUCGACACCGGGACCUGGUGGAUCUCCGCCUUCUUCGGCGCAACAACAGGCUGCAGCAGCCGCGCCUGCUGCUCAAGGACAGCCGCAAGCACCAGUGGCGGGGCCGAGGUGCGCUCCCACUUAUUCGGUGGUGAAUGCGAUUAUAGAGAAGAAAGAAGACGGGCCUGGCCCUAGGUGCGGGCAUACUCUAACGGCUGUGGCAGCUGUGGGGGAAGAAGGGACGCCGAGCUAUAUUGGGCCCAGGUUGAUUCUGUUCGGUGGUGCCACGGCACUGGAAGGGAAUUCUGCUUCUGCCGGGACUCCAUCCUCGGCUGGAAGUGCAGGCAUUAGACUAGCAGGUGCUACUGCCGAUGUGCACUGUUAUGAUGUGUUAACUAAUAAAUGGUCUAGAAUCACACCCUUUGGAGAGCCACCUACACCAAGGGCAGCACAUGUGGCAACUGCUGUGGGAACUAUGGUUGUUAUUCAGGGUGGAAUUGGCCCAGCUGGUUUGUCUGCUGAGGAUCUUCAUGUUCUUGACCUCACACAGCAACGACCACGGUGGCAUAGGGUUGUUGUUCAAGGCCCUGGGCCAGGGCCACGCUAUGGCCAUGUGAUGGCUUUGGUAGGGCAAAGGUAUCUCAUGGCAAUUGGUGGAAAUGAUGGAAAACGACCUUUGGCAGAUGUAUGGGCCUUGGACACUGCUGCCAAGCCUUAUGAGUGGCGUAAAUUGGAACCUGAAGGGGAAGGUCCACCUCCUUGCAUGUAUGCUACUGCAAGUGCACGAUCGGAUGGCCUUCUUCUGCUCUGUGGAGGGAGAGAUGCGAACAGUGUGCCAUUGGCAAGUGCAUAUGGACUUGCAAAACACAGGGAUGGCCGUUGGGAAUGGGCAAUUGCUCCUGGUGUUUCACCAUCACCUAGAUACCAACAUGCUGCUGUCUUUGUCAACGCUAGGCUCCAUGUUUCUGGUGGGGCACUUGGUGGCGGACGCAUGGUUGAAGACUCAUCAAGCGUUGCAGUGUUGGAUACUGCCGCGGGAGUUUGGUGUGAUACAAAAUCUGUUGUUACUAGCCCAAGGACAGGUAGAUACAGUGCUGAUGCCGCUGGUGGAGAUGCUUCAGUUGAGUUGACAAGGCGUUGCAGACAUGCGGCUGCAGCUGUUGGUGACCUAAUAUUCAUUUACGGUGGUUUACGUGGUGGGGUGUUACUUGAUGACCUACUUGUUGCUGAAGACCUGGCAGCCGCUGAGACAACCACAGCAGCUUCACAUGCUGCUGCGGCAACUGCUACUUCUAAUGCACGAUUACCCGGAAGGUAUGGAUUUGUUGAUGAAAGGGCAAGGCAAACAAUGGCUGAAGCAGUACCUGAUGGAUCAGUUGUGCUUGGAAAUCCUGUUGCUCCCCCUGUAAAUGGGGAUAUGUAUGCUGACAUAAGCACUGAGAAUGUCAUGCUUCAAGGAUCCCGGAGAAUGAACAAAGGUGUUGACUAUUUGGUUGAGGCAUCAGCUGCUGAAGCUGAGGCUAUAAGUGCCACACUUGCCGCGGCCAAGGCGCGACAAGUUAAUGGAGAAGUUGAACUUCCUGAUAGGGAUCGAGGGGCUGAGGCUACACCUAGUGGAAAACAUAUGUCUACCUUGAUUAAGAUGCCAGAUUCUACUGGAUCAAAUAGUGUUGCACCUGCUGGAGUUCGGCUUCACCAUAGAGCUGUUGUUAUAGCUGCAGAGACUGGUGGAGCUUUAGGGGGGAUGGUCAGACAGCUUUCUAUUGACCAAUUUGAAAAUGAGGGCAGACGGGUUAGCUAUGGGACUCCUGAGAAUGCAACUGCAGCUAGGAAACUAUUAGAUAGACAGAUGUCAAUCAAUAGUGUCCCCAAAAAGGUCAUUGCACAUCUUCUGAAGCCUCGUGGUUGGAAACCACCAGUUUGUCGACAGUUUUUCUUAGACUGCAACGAAAUAGCAGAUCUCUGUGAAAGUGCUGAACGAAUAUUUACUGUUGAACCAACUGUUCUACAGCUGAAAGCUCCUAUUAAGAUUUUUGGUGAUCUACAUGGUCAAUUUGGGGAUCUUAUGCGUCUUUUCGAUGAAUAUGGUGCACCUUCAACAGCUGGGGACAUUGCGUAUAUCGAUUAUCUCUUCUUAGGGGAUUAUGUGGACCGGGGCCAACACAGCUUGGAGACCAUUACUCUUCUGCUUGCAUUGAAGGUUGAGUAUCCCAAUAAUGUACAUUUAAUUCGAGGGAAUCAUGAAGCUGCGGAUAUCAAUGCACUUUUUGGCUUCCGGAUUGAGUGUAUUGAGCGCAUGGGUGAGAGAGAUGGAAUAUGGGUGUGGCACCGCAUAAACCGUUUAUUCAAUUGGCUUCCUUUGGCAGCUCUAAUUGAAAAGAAAAUCAUUUGUAUGCAUGGUGGCAUUGGUCGGUCUAUAAAUCAUGUGGAACAGAUUGAGAAUUUACAGCGCCCAAUUACAAUGGAAGCAGGCUCGAUUGUUCUCAUGGAUUUAUUAUGGUCUGAUCCAACAGAAAAUGAUAGUGUAGAAGGGUUGCGACCAAAUGCUAGAGGUCCAGGGUUGGUUACUUUUGGGCCUGAUCGUGUUAUGGAAUUCUGCAAUAACAAUGAUCUCCAGUUGAUUGUUCGUGCUCAUGAGUGUGUUAUGGAUGGUUUCGAGCGGUUUGCCCAGGGACACUUAAUUACCCUUUUCUCUGCUACCAAUUAUUGUGGUACUGCUAAUAAUGCUGGUGCAAUCUUAGUUUUGGGUAGAGAUCUUGUGGUAGUUCCUAAACUCAUUCAUCCUUUACCCCCAGCAAUGUCAUCACCAGAAGCAUCCCCAGAACGUCAUAUAGAAGAUACAUGGAUGCAGGAGCUGAAUGCUAACAGACCUCCAACACCAACUAGAGGUCGUCCUCAAGUAGCAAAUGAUCGAGGCUCUCUUGCUUGGAUAUAGUAGAUCCUUCCAAUUGUUUCUAUAUACAUACUCAUUCAGGCUCAUGCUAUACCACAUGGGGAUUCUGGUUUUCUGGAUAGAGCAUGCUGCCAUAUACAGGCAUUUUCCUAACUUGUAAUCUCUCCCAUUAGAAGUUAGAAGGGUUUACAAGAUUUUGGUUUUUCGCGGUUUUCAGCAGACUAUAGGCAUUGAGAUCAUGAAAAUGAUACCAAGUUCCGGAACCAGAUUGCAUACGGUGUAAGUUAGCUUUUCGUAAUGUGCUUAGCUUUUCGUAAUGUGCUGAAAGUUGCAGUUCGGGCUUCUUCUGUAAAUUGAGCCACAGGCAGGUGGAAAGUUGGCAAUUGGGUGGAUUCUUCAAAUGGGUUGGUAGUAAUAUUCACAUUUAGUUUAUAUAUUUAUAUAUGUAUAUUCAUCAUUUUAGGAUUAAAUAUUUUUCGGUCCUCCUUUGAGGUCCAUUAAUGUGAUGAUGAUGAGAGAUAAAUAUAAUAAAUAUAUGUGUAUCAUAUAGAGGGCAUAGCUUGGUGUAAUUUUCAUACUAUGUCUGUGUACAAUGGUGUAAUGUUUUUUGUGUGAAGAUAAAAGAAACCAUAGUAAACAACACGAGAAAGUUUAGGAA